AAGAACGAAUCAGCAAAUGCGGUGGAGAACCGAGAAGCUAUCUUAUUCUUAUCCAGAACCAUGUCCUCUCUCUCUCUCAAGUCUCAACAGUUAUGUUUUAUGAAUGCACUCGCUAGUCUCUCUCAACUGAUCGUUUCACGAGUUUGCCUGACUUGUGUCACCGGGAUUGCUGCACCAAACAAACUCUUCUAAAUGUGGAACAACCUACAAACCUUGCAUUCAUCCUCGGCCCAACUCCCUCAACUCCCUGCACCACCAUCAGUACCUGCAUCUCCUUCACAAAUACAAACCAAUCCCAUCCACCAUCUCACACCUACAUCCCAUUGCCCUUGCCCUCCAAUUCUCAAACACAACAGCAAGCUCUCACGCCGGGAGCUUACCAUUCGAGGCAGCUCUUUCUCACUUCUCUUAGGCACCCACAUAAUUGAGCCAUUCCAGCUCUCCAAGGCAAGAGCUGAAGGUGACCAACAUGAAGAGAACCCCAAGGCAAAUGUCUGCACAGACAAAACUCCGACAAAGAAGGCCUUCCUUGAUAUCUCCAUUGAUGGGGAACCAGUAGGCCGCAUUAUUGUCGGCCUUUACGACGAAGAUGUUCCUAACGGUACUACCAGGUUCUCCAAACUUGUAAGUGGAGCAGCGGGCAUCAGUUACAGAAGGAAGGAAUUCAUUAGAAUAAUGCCAAAUUAUGUGCAGCACGGAGGAGUGAGAUCAUAUGGUGUGGACGCUGAUCUUGCAAAGGAGACGGGUAGAAAUCUGGACGCUGAUAAUCUCCUAGCGGAAUGGAACAGAGUGAAUGAGAUAUGCUCGGGAACCAAGAAUUUGGUAGGGUCAGUAGGCAUAAUUGUGAGGGACCCAUUGCAGCAGCCUCCAAAGUUGAAGCUUGUAGCACGAAAAGGAAAGCUGGAGAUCGACGAGGAGGAGGUGGGAACGGCCCCCAAUGGAACAGAGUUUGUAAUUGCCACAAGAGACUCUCCGGAGCUGGAUGCCUCUUCGUUGGUUGUUGGAAGAGUCUUGAGUGGGAUGGACGUAGUUGAAAGGAUUGCUCAAGUGAAGACUGUCAAAGAGAAUACAAGCUCUCCUUAUUUCAGGGUGGCAAAAUUGAUUGGAGACAAGAGGGCUGUUGUAGCAGAGAGAGGUUUCAAUCGUCCUUAUUCCAAGGUGAUUGUCACUAACUGUGGAUUACUGGAUUAGCAUGCCAGCAUGCUACACUUUUUACAUCUAUUUUUUCUAUCCCAAUUUUGUUGACAGAAAGAGAGAAAAGUUAAAUGUAUCAUCCAAUGAUAUUGAAUUGAUUUUCUCGUGCAA